AUGAGUCCAGGCUCUUUGUUAUUCAAUAGGCUAGCUAUCAUCAUCAUCAUCAUCAUCAUUAUUAUUAUUACUAUUAUUAUUAUCAUUAUUAUUAUUGGUUCAUUUAUUCAUUUAUAUAUAUAUAUAUUUAAAAUUUUUUUUUUUUUUGUCAGAGGAAACCCCGAAAAGGCAGAUUACUUGGGCCAGACCGCUCUGCACCAUGCAACGAAGAAGGGCCACAUGGACUGCAUCACGUUCCUGGUGAACUGGGGGUGCAAUAUCUGGGCACUGGAUAACAGCCACCACACCGCAUUCGAUGUCAGCUCAGUAAACAACAGGCGAGACAUUAUGAAGUAUUUAGACCAGCAACAGAACAUACAACUCCAGAAAAAUCGGAAGACAACUGAAAAACUGAAGGAGAAGGCCAUUGCUGAAUACGACAAAAAUGUGAAACCGCUUGCAGCCCGCACAAAGACCCGACCGUCAGCUUUCCCUCACAGCACGACCGGACGCAGCAAUGCUCCGAAAGGAGACUUCCACGUGAGGGAGGUUGACGACACCGGGAAGGUCACGGUUCAUUCCCCGAAGGGGAUCACGCGGGGGCCGGACGUGAUGUACGUCAACGGUCAACCCGAAUCGCAGAUUAACGAUAGCACAUACGACCAAGACGAGGUGAAUUCGAAAGUGGCUGGAAUCUUCGAUCGGCCCGGUAUGGGUACGAUGGCGUUUUUCAAUAACCGCCAGGUGGCAGCACAUACUAUGCUUGACGGUGAUGAAUCCGAAACAAGGGGCAAAGAACAGGGACAUUUUGCUAGUCGUUCAACAGCCAUGCUCAGCAACAGCAUUGUAGCCGAGAUGCAGUACAACCCCAAGGACUUACCCUGGGAUGACGACAUCAUUGGAAACCUAGACGACGGUGAAGAUGGCCUCACAAAGUACUCAUCACUUGAACUCUUUCUUGUAACUUACAAACUGGAGGAUUACUUCGAUGUGUUCUCUCGUGAGAAGAUCGACCUCGAUGCCUUAAUGCUGCUGGAAGAUGAAGACUUAAAGACUAUUAAUGUAGAAUUAGGGCCUCGACGGAAACUGAAAAACGCCAUUGAAAAGAGACGAAAUGUGCUACGUAACCCUGGGUCUAUGGGCGAUACGCAAAUCUGAAAUCUGUAAAAUAUAUUCCAAUUAUAUUUUUUUAUUAUA